UCUUCAGAAUAUUUUGUUUUCAUUUCAACUUAUGGAGUAACCAGUGAAACUGGCCACCCUCCAGUCUUGGAUGCAUGGACAAUCAAGGCUUGUAUCAGGAUGAAUGCUACAUUUAUAGGUCCUUUUAAAAAAAGAGGUGAAAAAAAUCCUAAGGUUUAAAAGUACAAAUUGAAAGAGAUGCCAGGGAGGCGUUCUCAUCCACAGAGCCUUCUGCAAGGACGAGGCAAAACUUUCGUGCCAGUCAUGGACCAGCUCCUGGGAUAUUCUGUCUAUCUCCUCCUGAUCCUGGCACCUUUAAGCACUGUGGGACACCCUAUUCAGAGCCAUGUACCUCCCCAUCAGAGAUCUACACGUCAGGUAAAAGCUCCCAAAACCGAGCUCACCAUCUCUAGCUUCUUGAUACGCUCAUCAAUUGUGUCCCGCUAUGCCUUCACCCGAGUGUGGACUGUCAUGAGCAACCCACACACAGAGGCAAAAGAAGCCAUCUUUGACCUGGAUCUCCCCAAUUCAGCAUUCAUCUCCAAUUUUACCAUAAUCGUGAAUGAAAAGAUCUAUGUGGCUGAGGUGAAGGAGAAACACCAGGCUAAGAAGAUGUAUGAUGAAGCCCGCAGGCAAGGAAAGACAGCAGCUCAUGUGGGCACCAAGGACAGAGAAACUGAAAAAUUCAGAGUGUCAACCAGUGUGGAGGCUGGAGGCAAGGUAGCCUUUGAGCUGAUUUAUGAAGAACUGUUGCAGCGGCAUUUGGGCAAGUAUCAGCAUGCCAUCAACAUCCGGCCCCAGCAGGUGGUGAAGAACCUCAGCGUGGAGGUGACCAUUUCUGAGAGGACUGGCAUUGACUAUGUCCACGUUUUGCCCCUCCGCACAAGCAGACUUCUGACCAAUGCUGUCCGAGGGGAUGCUGAUGUGCCGCCAUCUACAAAGGUGGAGAAAGGAACACACUGCGCUUGGAUUGUGUUCAGCCCAACGCCCCAAGAACAGGCAACGUUCUCAAGUUCAGGAAUCAUGGGUGAUUUUGUUGUGCAGUAUGACGUGGCCAUGCCAGAUGUUGCAGGCGAUGUACAGAUCUAUAAUGGCUACUUUGUUCACUACUUUGCCCCAAGGGGAUUGCCCCCAGUACAAAAGGAUGUGGUGUUUGUUAUUGAUGUCAGUGGCUCCAUGUAUGGCACAAAGAUGAAACAGACCAAGAAAGCAAUGCAUGUCAUACUAAGUGACCUUCACCAAGAUGACUUCUUCAACAUCGUUACUUUCUCAGACACAGUGAAUGUGUGGAAACCCAGCCAAUCCAUACAAGCUACUCCACAAAACAUCAGGAGGGCCAAGGACUAUGUCAGCAAGAUGGAAGCUGAUGGAUGGACUGACAUCAAUGCAGCUCUUCUUGCAGCCGCUUCUGUCUUCAACCAAAGCUUUCUAAUGGCAGGAAAGGUUAUGCGGGAACAGAGAAUCCCACUGAUCAUCUUCUUGACAGAUGGUGAACCCACCUCAGGAGUGACAGCUGGCAGCCGCAUUCUGUCUAACGCUCAGCAGGCUCUGAAGGGCACCAUUUCACUGUUUGGUUUGGCCUUUGGUGAUGAUGCUGACUAUGGGCUGCUGAGGCGCCUCUCACUAGAAAACCGUGGCGUUGCCCGCCGUAUAUAUGAGGAUGCUGAUGCCACUUUGCAGCUCAAGGGUUUCUAUGAUGAGAUUGCCAGCCCUUUGCUGUAUGAUGUGGAGCUGGCCUACCUGGAUGGAGUGGCCCAAGACCUCACUCAGAAUCUCUUCCCCAACUACUUCCAAGGCUCUGAACUCGUUGUGGCUGGGCGAGUGAAGCCAGGAGCAUCAGAACUGCGGAUACGCACCACAGGGAAUGGCCAAGAGGGCCCACUCAGCCUGGAAAACGACAUCUCAGCCAAUACCACUGAAGCAGCUCCCUUUGGCUGCUCUGUGGGUGCCAACAAGAUUGGUCAUUUUGUGCAGAGGCUUUGGGCAUACUUCACCAUUCAAGACCUGCUUCAAGCCCGGUUCCGAGCCAAUGACACAGCUACUCGGCGCCUGCUUACUGAAAAGGCCACCAACCUGUCCCUUAAAUACAACUUUGUCACCCCUGUGACAUCUCUGAUAGUGGUGAGACCAGAUGAGCACAGAGAUAAAGCCCAGCUGGCAAAAAUUACCACUCCUCCUGGGGUAACCAAAGCCAAUAAGGCCACUCCUCAAGCCUUGGGAACAACACCUGCUUCAUCGUGGCUUUCUAAGGUGGCUAAAACUACUCCUGUGGUUGGAGGUACCAGUGCUCCAGGAGUCACAAAAGCAAUCAAGGGAAUGGUUAGGCCUGGAGCUGCUACCACUUCUCUGGCUCCGGCAAUCACCACUAGAGUCACUAAAGCAGUCAGAGCCACAUUGCCACCAGUUAUUGCCAUGACUACCAUCAUCCCUACUCCUUACAUAUCCCCAGCACCUACUGUACUUGGCCGCACCAAAGCAGCCAAAGCCACGCCACUUCCCAGGUUGACUGCUAUGUCUCUGACUCCAGCUGUAAUACAUGGGUCCACAAAGCCACCCAGAACCACAGUAUCCCUUAAAACCACCAGACUACCUCUCAAAACCCCUAAGCCCAACCCCACCAGGGCUGGAAGACUCAAAGUCACAGUUCAGCCUCACUCUGUUUUUGAGACCAGAGGAACAGCCAUUAGCAAGGUCCUCUUGCUAGGUGUCCUUGAUGCAGUGACCACUCCAGGGCACCCACCUGGAAAUGUAAAGGUAUCAGAGCAUAACUCCAGUAUUCUGGAGCAGCCUCAGAUGACACUUCAGCCAGCCACUGAGCACCAACCAUACACAAACUGGCAGGAAAGUACUGCCAGGAUGGAGACAGGAAAGAUACCUGAGAGUAAGACAACUUCCAAGGGUGGCAGAGCCACAGAAGUGCACACAGAUAAGCCUCUGCACAACAGCACUGCUCCAUGGGGCUUAGCACCUGGAACAACACUUCCAGUGGCACAGAAAAUGGUGACCCAAGGCCCUGGACGUGUUGCUAGCAGCACUACACCUGCCUCUGACAUCAGCCUCCUCCUCCUGCCCAGUGAGUCUGAGUUACGCUCAGCCACUGACCUGGACAUAGAGUACGUGGAGUCCUUGAAUCCACCAGCUGUGUAUAGUUUUGUCACAUCCCAGAGACACCCAGGAAGCCUGGAUUAUGAAGACAUCCAAGGUUUCUCAGAAGAACUGGACAGUGAUGCAGAUACUUUGGGAGGUUCCUCCAACACCGGCUUCUUCACUUUCUCCUCUUGGGUGGAUGGAGACCCCCAUUUUGUCAUAAGAUUGCCACAUUCACUGGGGAACCUCUGCUUCACACUGGAUGGACGCUCAGGAGAUAUUCUACAAUUGGUGAGCGACCCAAUCACUGGCUUGUCAGUCAAUGGGCACCUCAUGGGAGCUCCUUUAAGGCCAGGCCAUGAGGAGCGUCCCCGCACCUACUUUGAUGCCAUCACCAUGGUGGUGGAGCAGCAUCUGCCACACACCAGCUAUGUGAUCAACAUCACACGGAAAGGCUUAACUCUGCAUGGUGAGGAUAUCCUGGUGCUGCCCUUCACCCGACGGAUCACAAUCCGAAAACCCCAGCUGGUGAUUUCCAUGUGGCCUGAAGCCAACAUCACUGUGCAGAUCGGACAUGAAAUGGAGUUCCUGGUUCUGCUACAUCGCUACAGCCAUCCUACGGCCCUGCAGCUGAAUCAUCUUGGCUUUUAUGUGGUUAACGGAAAGGGGCUGUCAACUUUAGCACAAGGCUUGCUAGGCCAGUUCCAGAACAGUGACAUCAGGUUUUCCCCAGGCCCAGCUGAUGGGGAGCGAGCCGCUUGGUUGUGGAGGGGCACUAACAAAGUGCCGGUCACUGCAGUCACCAAGAUAUUAAAGGACUCCACUCGGAGGGCACAUGAGGCACCAUGCUGGCUGGUGAAACGCAAGGAUGUAGAGGGACUGUUGGGGGCCCCUUACAGCUCUUACGUAACCUCCAACCCCCUGGAAAUACAGAAGGUGACUAUAUUCAGUCUUGGGAUUUGACCUGUGAAGCAGAGAAGUCAUUUUGGGGCUGGAAAAGAGGUUUGGCCUGAGAAUGACAUGCUCUCAUUCUCUUUACUGAGUGAGAGUGACCGCAGACUGAAGACCCUGCCUGUGAAAGAACAGAGAAGGACAACUUACUCUUCCACCAGUGAGGGAAAGGCACCAGGUCGAUCAACAGGAAAAGCAGCUAGCAAGGGUAUUGCUCACUAACUUAAGAUAUGGGCUACAUUGUCUCAUUUAUAUUUUUAUUUGUGAUUUGUAGUUUAAUAAAAACAACAACCCUGCACUGAG